AAAUCGUGAAAUUUGAUAGCUUCUUGGUCUGAAUUUUAUGCAAAACUAUUCUUCACAGCACGAUAAAGACUACGCAACAAAGUAGAAAGACUGAGGUGCGCGAUCACCAAACGUCUCUCAGCUAUCCAAACCUUCCUUUCCCCUUCUUUCAUCUCCCUUCAUUUCCUUUCUGUGUUUCUCUAGGAUCUCCUUCUCGUUAAAUUUAUUUCCAUUUCUUAACCUAUAAUCCGUUAAUCUUGUUAAAUUUUGCAUACCCUUUUGUCAAUCUUCAAUCUUUUACUUGUGGGUUUUGUCAAAACUCGAUCUUGGUAUCAAAGUUUUCAAUUUUCUCUUGAUAUCCACUUAAGGAUUCUGGUUUUGCCUGCAAAGAUCUGUGGGAUAGAUGGGGAGGUUGUUUGUGGUUAAUCUUGAAGGGAGGAUCUAUAGUUGCAAGCACUGUAGAACCCAUGUAGCCCUCUGUGAGGAUGUCAUCUCCAAGGCAUUCCAAUGCAGGCAUGGGAAAGCUUACCUCUUCAGUAAGGUGUAAGUUUUCUUGAUUUUGGAACCUUCUCCUUAUGUUUGAAUACUGAACACUGUGAUAUAAGGUGCCACUUUGGGGCAAGCCAAAUAAUGUUUGAUCUGACAACAGUGUAUUAUUGUAGCUCCUGAUAAAAUAAAAUGCAGCUUGUGACUCAGCUGAAAACUUUUCGUUUGCCAUUUAAUAAGAGAAUGGCCAUCUGCCCAUUUCGUCUUUUAGUUUGUACAUAAACAGAGGGAGGGGUGAAUGACUUGAUUGGGCUCUUGCAGGUGUCUGGUUUUAAUGAGCUAUGUUCUUAAUUAGGAUAAUGAAGGGUUUUAUUCAUUGUUUCAACUCACAUGAUCUAUUUCUUCUUUAUGAUGGUCAACUUACAUUAUCUAUUGGGCAAUUAAGUCACAUAAAAUGAUGUGUUAUGGUUAUUCAUUUUCAUAUAAUUCUCAUAUUUCAUUCUUUGACAGAGUGAAUGUCACUGUUGGAGAAAAAGAGGAGAGGCUGAUGUUGACUGGGAUGCAUACUGUGGCUGAUAUCUUCUGUGUUGGGUGUGGAUCAAUGGUGGGGUGGAAAUAUGAAACUGCCCAUGAGAAGAACCAGAAGUACAAGGAAGGAAAAUCUGUCCUUGAACGGUUUAAGCUAGCUGGUCCUGAUGGAAGCGGUUACUGGAGUCAAGAAGUACAUGUUGGUGGGAGUGAUGCAGAUGAUGCUUGAUUACUCUGAAAAUCCAACCAACUUCAAAUUCCAAUUGUACAUUCUUCAACCCCCCCAAUUCAACUUAAUGUGAAUCCUCAAAACUGGUCGGCCCUCGUCUGACCUGAUUGAAAACAUUGAAAAUAGUUGGUUCUGAUUCAGUUGAUCAGUACACAGACUUUGAUUGAAUCGUGGUACAUAAAUGAAUGUUCAGAUUUUCAUUUAGAUUAU